AGCUGCGUGCUGCUCUGGUCAUAUCACGUUGUGUGUGUGUGUGUGUGUGUUUUGCAGCUGUGUGCUGCUUUGGUCAUAACACGUUGUGUGUGUGUGUGUGUGUGUUUUGCAGCUACGUGCUGCUCUGGUCAUAACACGUUGUGUGUGUGUGUGUGUGUGUGUGUGUGUUUUGCAGCUGUGUGCUGCUCUGGUCAUAACACGUUGUGUGUGUGUGUGUGUUUUGCAGCUGUGUGCUGCUUUGGUCAUAACACGUUGUGUGUGUGUGUGUGUUUUGCAGCUACGUGCUGCUCUGGUCAUAACACGUUGUGUGUGUGUGUGUGUGUGUGUGUUUUGCAGCUGCGUGCUGCUCUGGUCAUAACACGUGUGUGUGUGUGUGUGUGUGUGUUUUGCAGCUGCAUGCUGCUCUGGUCAUAACACGUUGUGUGUGGGUGUGUGUGUGUGUUUUGCAGCUGCGUGCUGCUCUGGUCAUAACACGUUGUGUGUGUGUGUGUUUUGCAGCUGCGUGCUGCUCGGUUUGACAUCUUCGACAUCUUCUUUGAGCUGAGCCCAGAGGAGCGCCUGGCACUGCUGCAGCACCGAGAGGAAGCUGAGGGAGAUGGAGAAGACCAAGCCCCUCAAGGAGCGCAGGUGUCUGUCUGCUGCCACCCAGAAGUCUCUGGAUAGGAAGAAGCAGAGAAUGGGAGAAUCUCCAGGCCCAGUGAGGAAGACUCAACAGAAGCCCAGGAGCCCCAGCACCAAUAGGAUCUUGCUGCCCAGUCAAGGUCAGAAUUCCCCAGUUCCCAGCCAGCUGCACCGCCAAGGGAGCUGGUACAAGAAGACGCCAGAGCACCGUGUGAAGCGCUCUGACAGUCUGAACAAGCAGCACUCACUGGGAAAACACACACACACACACACACACACACACACAGUUCUGUGCCAUACAGAAAUUACUCCAGCUGAUAUUGUACUCCUGAGGUGAACCUUA